AAUAUAUUCAGUUCUUACCAACUUAUUGAUUCUUUUUAUUAGCAUCUAUCCAUAUUAUUUUAUCCUCACAGUAUUCUCAGCAUGGUUCGGCACAAGAAAGACAAUUUCCCUCGAGGGAAAAAAUACUCGUCUGCACCCCGCCCUCGUCCGCGCCCGCGCACACAAUCCAACGAUGACGACGAGAAUGGCGCUUCAUCCAGACCCGCGUUCAAGGCGGCCUGUUGGGAUUUUGGUCACUGUGAUCCGAAGAGAUGCUCGGGCAAGAGAUUGAUGCAGUUGGGUCUAAUGAGAGAGCUUUCGAUCGGGCAGAAGUACCCUGGUGUUAUCAUCUCCCCAAACGCAAAGAAAAUUAUAUCCCCCGCCGACCGGGAACUCCUCGAACAACACGGAGCGGCCGUAGUCGAAUGCUCAUGGGUACGGGUGCAGGAGAUUCCAUGGUCUCGCAUUGGCGGCAAGUGUGAAAGACUUUUACCUUACCUCAUCGCCGCGAAUACCGUAAACUACGGACGACCAUGGCGUCUCAAUUGUGUUGAGGCCAUAGCGGCAUGUUUCUACAUCUGCGGUCACGAAGACUGGGCAAAGGAGGUUCUCAAACAUUUUCGAUAUGGGGAUGCUUUUCUUGAUAUCAACUCUCAACUCCUAAAGCGCUACGCGGCCUGUUCCACAGAGGAAGAUGUAAAGAAAACGGAAGAAGAGUGGCUGGCAAAGAUCGAGCGAGAGUAUGCUGAGAACCGAGCGGGCACGGGAAAUACCGAUGAUAUCUGGACAGUUGGGAAUACGAAUCGCAGAGAGAGGGUAUCUGAUUCGGAUGAAGAUGAUGACGAUAGCGACGAGGAUAAUGACGGAGAAGACGGGAAGAAUAAGGAGGGGGGAGAAGAAGAAGAAGAAGAAGAGGCAGAUAAAGACCCCUAUGCCAUUUCAGACGACUCGGAGGAUGAGGAACAAAUGGCGGAGAUACGGCGCAAAAUCCUAAACUCGAAGUCGUUUCAGAAUCCUACAGUCGAUGAUAAACCUCAGCCGCAGAAGAUACAAGUUUCACGACCCGAACCGGAAUAUGCAGAUUCGGAUGCUGGUUCUGAAACGGCCGGUAGUGAGGAUGAGGCCUUUGACAAUAUCAUCAACGCCACACCCAUGACGGAUCGAACUGGGAUCAUUGCAGUACAGCAACGGAGGGGGAAAGAGGCCCUCAGCGCAUCUAUUUCACGUACUGUGAUUUCUGUUCCAAAAAAGCAGUAAGCCAGAUGUUGUGAAAGACUACAUGAAGGAUUUUCUGUCGGAUUGCUCCCAUUUGCCUGGGGCAGGUCUCUUUUGGCGAGACUCCCCCUUGAGCUGGCUCCAUGGCUACAUGCUGUGCAUACUAUUGUUCUAGGCUCAAUCACAUGGCUCGCCUGAAAGCGGGAAUUCUAGACUUCUUCGGAGUCUCCUGAUGAUCGCAUGGAUUGGCAUUUGCUAGAUGCUGCAGUCUCGCGCUGAAGGAAGAACAGGCCAUGGCAACAGAGGUCAGCCGGAUAUAGCUCAGGCUGGAGGCGAGCAUAUACCGGUGGAAUUAUAUGGAUCUUCGGGAAUUCUCUAGGAAAGCAGUCCUUGAUUGCACAGAAAUCCUGCAAAAUAACUAUAUAGAUCACAUCUAGCCAGCAUCAAUUCACAAGAAUUUCAUCCAUCAGC